CUUUUGUGAUAAAGCGUAGUGUGCUAUAUAUAAUUGUAACGAAUUCCAUAAAGAAUUCUUCUUAAUUCACUUUCACACGCCACGCCACUUUUCCUCGUAAUACGCUGUCAGCAAUAUAUCCCAUGGAGAUUUACAUCAACUGUACAAUAUUAAACGUAACAAGCCAAGUAAUACGAUUAGCAAAAAGGUCGUGGAACGAAAGAUUUCUAAUAACAAUAAUAACAAUAAUAAUAAUAAUAAUAAUAAUUGUGGUAACGCGCCGCAACGACAAUGUCUGGCGUUAUAAAUACAAUAUCUGGUAGCAUACCAGCGACAGGAUUUGCUGAUUCUCCUUUAGCAACGGUAACUGCCAAGAAUGAUCGCAGGGCAUCUGUACCAUCUAUACAAAGCGACUUAAAUGUUAUCAUGAAUAAUUCAUGUACUAGUCUUCAUAAAUUAAACGGUAUUCAUAGACAGGAACAGCAAUUGUCACAAAUACAGCAAUGCGACUUCACUAUACCAAUACGUGAGGCUUAUGUUCCCUAUCAUCGUACGCAGCCUUGUUCAGCAUUAGAGCGCAACACAAACGGUUAUUUAUGGAUAAUAACACCUGUUGCAGCGAGCAUUUCGGUAGCCAUUGUUAUUGCCGCUCUAGCUGGACCCCAGUGGUUAUUCACGGAAGAGAAAUUGCCGAAUGUCAAUUACAACGGUACCGCCAAUUUUAACGCUAUGGACGACGGUGCCUUCAUUACAAAAUAUACGAAGUCAAGUUUGUGGAUUCUUUGUACGACCAUACAAGAUACCGUUACCAAAUCAUGUCCGUUCUUCUUGGCAUCUGGUAUCUUUCUAUUGCUGAGCUUUAUUGUUUUUCUUAUACCAACUUGUUCGCAUCAAAAUAAUUUAUAUUAUUUCAGUGCUGGCAUUAUGUUCAUUGUAUCAGGUUUACUUAUGUUUAUCGGCUUAAUUACGUAUAUAUCGAUAUUGAAAGCGGAAAUUGGGUCAAAGUUACGUCCAAGAUCAACAUUACAGCCACCGCUAUUCAAAGUCACCUACGGGCAAAGUUUCUUUCUAUUUGUUUUCGGUUUUAUGGCGACAGAAUUUGUCGGUUUAUUAAAUAUAUUUCUAUACAUUAGUCUACAAGAAAUCGGUUACUAUAGUCGAUUACCAUGUUUUACGUUAACAAGUCUAAAGCAAAAAAUCAAAGAAGGCGAAAAUCACUGCAAUCACAACUACAAGCAUUAUAAAAAGCAUGAAAAAGAGCAAACAGGAGCGGCAGCAGCAGCAGUCGCAUCAGUGACAACAACAACAGCAAAUAGUAAUGAACGUAGAAAAAGUAAUCACAACAAAAGACAUCAAAUACACAUGACAGGGCGACGCGAAUCGGUAUCGUUUGAAACGAAGAAGAAUUUAAAGAAUAGCAUGCAUGAAAAUGAUGUAGAGAUAGCGUUCACGUGUCGUAAACAUCCCAAUAGCAUGGCAUCGACUAUGUUCUUAAAUGAACUGGAAAAGAGAUAUUAUUUUGAGAGACCAGCAAAUAAAUGCAAUUUACAUGCACAUGCAAAAAAUUUGGCAAAAUCCAUGAGCGAGCUAUACAACAAUUGCGAACGAUUGUCGCCCAUGGUGACGGUAACGCCGCCACCACCACCGUCGCUUACGGCGUUGCAGGCGAAAGACAUGAAUCAUACAACUUUGCCACGACCACCAGAACAAUUUAGUGAUUUACCGCAAGAGUUUCCUUUAACACGCAGCAUUUCUACAACAACAGACAUUUAUACGUACAGCAACGAUAGAUUAAGUCAUAUGGCACAUGUGCCGGAAAGCAACAACAGUAGAGAUUACAACCGCAAACGCAAUGUGGCGACAAGUACACGUUGCAACAACAUCGACACUGAAACUCAAACAAUUGGCAGCAGCAACAAUAACAAUAAAACUAAAAGUACUAACUUCAAAAUUCAACAGCUGGAUAGCAACUAUAGCGAGAAACGACCUAAGAAUCGUAAUGGCACCGCAACCGCAAGGGAGAAUCAAUGCGAAAACGAAGACGACGUUGAAGUAUCGCAAAGUCUUUGCGGUUUAAGGAGAGGUAUAAAGAAAACUAAAGAUGAACUCUUUGAAGAGUUUUGCAAAAGGGCUGGCGUACGUCCAAAGCCAAAGAAUAUUUACUAUAUUACAGGCGAGGAGAAUGCCGACAAUGAACAAGAUGAACGAAUUGAUGACAUAAAACAACAAUGCAAGUCCCAGAAAUCAGCACUUGUAUGCACCAAAUUCAUGCAUAAAGAAGCACAUGAUAGCCAAGGAAACGCGAAUAAAUAUCCUGGUGGUGGCGUUCAUCCAAACGACGAUGUUGAUGACGAUGUUAGUAAUAUUUCGAUUGUAAACGAUAAUGAUAUUGAUAUUGAAGAUGAUAAUAAUGACGUUGACGCCGUUAAUGACAUAGAUAUCACUAAUGACAAUAACAACAUAGUUAACGUUGAUGUUUACAAUGAAGAGGACGAAGAGGAAGAUCUCAAGAAAUUUCCACGUGGUGAACAAACAUUUCAUUUCAUGAAUGAUAAUUCCAAGUUUAUACAGCAAGGAAUGCGUUACAAUCGUCGCGCUUCGAUGUACGUCGAACCACAUCACUUAAAACGUCUCAACUCGCAAUUAUCGCUGCAUGGAUACUACGCACCAUCGGUUAGAAUGAUUCAGAAGAGCCUGUACGAUUUGGAUAAUAUACCACAAGAUAUGGCUGAACCACAUUAUCAAGAAUGCAGUACAUACGGCGGUUCACAAAGUCGUCUAACUCUCGACUCUAAUAAUCAGUCUAUAUAUCAAAGUCGUACAUUGCCGAGAACUUUCUUCAAGCGUAACUCUGAUUCCCAAUAUAGCAUACCUUCCGCAGCGUCAUUGCACUUAAGCGCAGCACAAUUGAAUAAUAUAUAUAACGUCAAUCAAAAUCGUCUAUCCGCAUUGAUGCAACAGCAACAGCAACAGCAACAACAACAACAACAGCAAUUUAAUCGCAUAUUGACUGGCACAUCACGUCAGCCAGAAGGAUAUGAUCCGCAUAUUGCAAUGAAAAAAUCGAAUGAAGAAUUGGAUAAUUGUUAUGGACAAAGCCAACAGCAGCAACAGCACUCGAUUUAUAUGCAGCCACCAUAUCAAACCAUAUCCGUUACGAACUCGUACAAUUCAAAUCGCUUACAGCCACCCUUGGUACAAUGGCCAGCGGCAAUACCAUCGUCGCCCUCAAACUUUACAAGUACUUAUCGCAUUUAUGAUCCUACCACAACUAAAAUCAAAGCACAAGGUAACAAUCAAACAACUUUAGUGAAACGCGGCAUUGUCAGCGAACAUCAAAAUCAACAUACAGCAAAAAUGCAAAGGACUUAUGGAUUCGAUGCACAAAAACGUAACAGCACAGCAGUGGCAGACGGCUUCGAUUUGGACGAAAUUGAGCGUGAACGCAGACGUUCGCAUGCCAGUCUUUUUAAUGGUAGCAAGACUAGCAGCGGUAUGGGUAAUAAUGGCACUGGUCUCGGUAGUUGUAGUGGCAGUGGUGGUGUUAAUACUGGAGGCGUUCUCAGCGGCAAUCAUAACCAAUAUGACAUGAUUAAUGGCACCGCUGUGUAAGAGCGAUAUAUAAAACAUGUUAAAUUCAAAUAAAUUUUGGUUUCGCAACGCAUAAAAGAAAUAAAAACAUAUAUAU